AUGGUUCACACUGCAGAAUACCUCAAGGCCCACGAAACAGAUAUAGGCUCCAUCCUGGCUGGUGGCUACAACCACCCGCUCAGCAGGGAGUGGCAGCACGAGAGACAACUAACGAAGAACAUGUUUAUCUUCCCACUGUUCAUUACCGAUGAUGCCGAUGAAGAGACCCCAAUCCCAUCAUUGCCAAACAUCAGCAGAUUCGGAGUCAACAAGUUGAUUCCUUAUCUGAAGCCUCUGGUGGAAAAAGGCUUGAGAGCCGUGAUCCUCUUUGGUGUUCCACUUAAGGAAGGAGUCAAAGAUCCAGAAGGAACAGCUGCGGAUGACCCCGAGGGCCCUGUCAUUUCGGCCAUCAAAGCUCUAAGAGCGAAUUUCCCGGACCUCUACAUCAUGUGUGACGUGUGUUUGUGCGAGUACACCUCCCAUGGUCAUUGCGGAAUUCUCUACGAAGACGGCACUAUCAACCGUGAAUUAUCUGUGCGGAGAAUUGCUGCUGUUGCUGUUAACUACGCUCGCGCUGGAGCAAACUCGGUUGCGCCUUCAGAUAUGAUUGAUGGGCGUAUUCUCGAAAUUAAGCGCGGACUGGUGGACGCCGGGUUGGCCCACAAGACGUUCUUGAUGUCGUAUGCAGCGAAGUUUAGCGGCAACCUGUACGGACCAUUCCGCGAUGCUGCUUGUUCGGCACCUUCGCAUGGUGAUCGCAAAUGUUACCAGUUGCCUAGUGGUGGAAAGGGGCUUGCUCACCGUGCUCUGUUGCGUGAUGUCUCAGAGGGAACCGAUGGUAUUAUCGUCAAGCCAUCCACUUUCUAUCUGGAUGUGGUUGCCGAUGCUUCUCGUCUUUGCCAGGAUUAUCCUCUCUGUGUUUACCAGGUGAGUGGAGAGUAUGCCAUGUUGCAUGCAGCUGCUUCCAAGAAUGUUGUUGACUUGAAGUCCAUUGCGUACGAGUCCCAUUACGGCUUCCUGAGGGCUGGUGCGAGACUCAUCAUCAGCUAUUUCACCCCAGAGUUUUUGGACUGGCUAUCUGAAGAUGCCAACUAG